AUGGUAACUAAGAUAAUCUUCUUGCUGUUUGUCUGCGGAGCACUUGGAGCUGUGGUGAAUAGGACUUAUACUGAUGAAACUGCUAUCGUGGCAGAUUUUGGAGAGACUGAUUAUGAAGUCUUAUUAAAUACGGAUGGAUAUGGCCCAAGAGGGGGAGGAUGUAAGAGGAAUGCGCUGGCUUGUGUUAAGAGUGAUGAGAGUUAUCAGAUUAGAGAUGGAGAUAAAGCGUUUUCGUUUGGUGUGUUCACUGGAGGAUGGGCCUGUACAGAUUAUUUUACAUCUUUCGAAAACUCUACUGUUUCAGUUUCUGAAGCGGGAGAUGUGGUUACUUGGAAUAGUGAUGGCACUAGUUUUGAAGAAUCCCGUUCUCAAGACGUUGGUGAUGAUGAAAAUCUGAAAUAUUACUAUACUACUAAGUACCUUUUCAAUGAAGAGAGUUAUGCUUAUACCAAUUUCCCAUCAAGCUCUGAAGUCGGAUAUUACAAAUGCUUCCAACUUGAUCAUGGCUUUGGCAUGGGAUCUCCCUUAGAUCUAGCCAAGUACGAAUCAUUCAAAGUUAAAGUGACACCCAGCUCAGGCUUUGUUAAGAACUUAUUAAGAUAA